AAAAGGCGGGAAAAUUGCUCACUCCCAUUCGCUCUAAGCUCCCUCACUCGGUCGAUAGACUCUCUCUGUAUCUCUCGGGCUAUGCUGAGACUAUCGCCAUGGGAAUCAAGGGUUUGACAAAGUUAUUAGCGGAUAAUGCUCCCAAUGGAAUGAAGGAGCAUACGUUCGAGAGCUAUUUUGGUCGCAAAAUUGCAAUAGAUGCAAGCAUGAGCAUAUACCAGUUCUUGAUUGUUGUAGGAAGAACUGGGAGUGAAAUGCUUACAAAUGAAGCUGGUGAAAUCACAAGCCACUUACAAGGCAUGUUCUCUAGGACGAUAAGACUAUUAGAAGCUGGAAUUAAGCCACUAUAUGUGUUUGAUGGGAAGCCUCCGGAUCUAAAGAAGGAGGAGCUUGCGAAAAGGCUCUCUAAGAGGGUGGGUGCAACAGAGGAUUUAGCGCAGGCCAUAGAGACAGGGGACAAAGCAGAUAUUGAGAAAUACAGUAAGAGAACAGUAAAGGUCACAAGGCAACACAAUGAAGACUGCAAACGGCUUUUAAGACUAAUGGGAGUGCCUGUCAUUGAGGCUCCAUCCGAAGCAGAGGCAGAAUGUGCAUCACUUUGCAAAAAUGGCAACGUUUAUGCUGUGGCUUCUGAGGACAUGGAUUCGCUUACUUUUGGAGCUCCAAGAUUUCUUCGGCAUUUGAUGGAUCCGAGCUCAAAGAAGGUCCCUGUGAUGGAAUUUGAAAUUGGGAAGAUUUUAGAAGAGCUAGACCUCACCAUGGAUCAAUUCAUUGACUUGGGCAUUCUUUGUGGAUGUGACUAUUGUGAGAGUAUCAAAGGUAUUGGGGGACAGACUGCUUUGAAGCUCAUUCGUCAGCAUGGAUCAAUAGAAAAUAUCUUGGAGAACAUCAACAAAGAGAGAUAUGUGAUACCUGAGAAUUGGCCUUAUCAAGAUGCUCGGUGUCUUUUCAAAGAACCGUUGGUUUCUCCUUUAGAAGAUCUGCCAGAGGUCAAGUGGGCUUCUCCAGAUGAAGAGGGCCUCAGCACCUUCCUUGUGAAGGAAAAUGGAUUUAACCAGGAUCGAGUGACAAAGGCAAUAGAGAAGAUCAAAGCAGCCAAGAAUAAAUCAUCCCAGGCCCGUUUGGAAUCCUUUUUUAAGCCUGUUGUAACCACAGCAACACCAAUUAAGAGAAAGGAAAAGAGAUGCAUACUUGGUUCAGCACCAAAGCUGAAAUUGUUUAAUUUACAAGUGCAGAACCGCAUAAAGCCUAAGGUCAAUGGAGGCUUUUGCCUGCUGAAGGCACAUAUCAAUCCGAAACACUCCAGAAUUUUCUCUUGGGGAAGUGCCUGCCAAGCCUGUAAAAGAAACUACAAACAAGAAAUCCAAAGCUGCUGGUGGGAAAAAGAAAUAGAGGAAAUGGAUAUGAAAGUUGAGAAUUCUGCUCUCUUGUUGUGGGUGGCAAGAACUUCCUUGGGAAAUUUGCAGAAAAUUAUCAAAAAACAGGGUUGCAUGGCUAUAUUUUGGUGUUAGAUGUGGUCUCCCUUCUUGGUAAUCUUUAGUCUUUUCUGAACUGCUAUGUAGUUGGUUUCAUGCAUCGGUGAGAACUGGAAUACAUGCAUACCUGGCCUCGGGAUGUACUUAAAUUUAGACAUGGCCAUGAAGAUGUGGGUUUGGAAUUGCACAAAGAGAGGGUGCGACAAUGUCGAGAAAGAUAUUGGGUGUCGAACUGAUUCCUUGUAUCAAUGCCAUCUUAUUCCCUGUAUCAUUGAAAUGAAGAUGUGGACUUCCAUUUUUGCUUUGCAGUUUAGCAAUACUGGUGGUAUCUGAAACCAUUACUUAGUGAGAUUUUUGUACCUUUUUUUGUGUGGAGAAUGUUUACAAAUACUAUAUACUUUUUGUACAAGAAGGUCACAAUCCCUCAUGUCUCAAGGAUGAGUGGUUAUAAGAGUGUUAUUGAUUAGA